UGUAAUGACGUAGUGUCCUGUGCCUCUCCCCUCAUUCCCUUCCCCUCCCUUCGGCCAGCCCCCACCCCUCGCCCCUCACAGCCUUGGAAGCCACAGUUAAGCGGCUCUGGGAUAAAACACACUGGCUGCAAGAGGACUGGGGCAUUGCUUCAAGAGAUGGCAAGGCAGCUGGCUGCAUCCCUCCUUCCCGGAGUCCUCCUCCUCCUCGCCAUCCUCCCGACUUCUCGGCAAGGAGGGGUGCCUGGUGCUGGCGGGGGAGUUCCGGCUCUAGGAUAUUACCCAGGAGCUGCUGGGGUUGGAGGCCUGGGAGCAGGAGGCCUAGGGGCUGGAGCUGGACUCGGGGGUGCAGGGUUCGGUGUUGGCGCGAAACCUCCCAAGCCAGGCCUCGGGGGACUCGGCACACUUGGCCUGCAGCCAGGUGGUGUCGUCCAGCCAGGUUUCUACCCGGGCGGCCUCUACCCGGGCGGCCUCUACCCGGGGGCUGGGCUGGGAGCUUAUAAAGCUGCUGCCAAAGCUGGUGCUGGUGUGGGCGGAGUGGGCGGAGUCGGCGGUGUGGGUGGACCCGGCGGUGUUGGGGUCUCCACAGGUGCUGUAGUGCCCCAGACUGGGGUGCAGCCAGGAGUAGGUGCUGGAGGGAAACCUGCCAAGAUACCAGGUGUUGGCAUUCCAGGUGUGUUCCCGGGCGGCGUGCUCCCAGGAACAGGGGUCCGUUACCCUGGCAUAGGCGUCCUGCCUGGUGUGCCCACUGGGACUGGAGUCAAGGCAAAAGCCCCAGGAGCAGCAGGAGCCCUUGCAGGAAUUCCCGGAUUUGGAGGCUUCGGGGGCCAGCAGCCCGGCGUCCCUCUGGGAUAUCCCAUCAAAGCCCCCAAGCUCCCAGGUGGCUAUGGGCUGCCCUACAGCACUGGAAAGCUGCCUUACGGGUACGGACCAGGCGGGCUAGGUGCCGGUGCUGCCGGAAAGGCAGGAUACCCCACAGGGACAGGAGUUGGAGCUCAGGUAGCAGCAGCUAAAGCAGCAGCUAAAUAUGGUGCUGGCGUCGUGCCUGGUGCUGCUGGCAUCCCUGGAAUCGGAGGCCUCGGAGGCCUGGUGCCCGGAGUUGGGGGUCUCCCAGGGGUUGCAGGAGCUGGAAGCCCAGCGGCAGCAGCAGCAGCAGCAGCAGCAAAAGCAGCCAAGUACGGCGCGGCUGGUGUUGGAGGCCUGGUGCCCGGUGUCGGCGGUGUCCCUGGCGUGGUGCCCGGUGUCGGCGGUAUCCCUGGUGUCGGCGGUGUCCCUGGCGUGGUGCCCGGUGUCGGCGGUAUCCCAGGAGUUGGAGCUGGAAUACCAGCGGGAGCGGCAGCAGCAGCAGCAGCAAAAGCCGCCAAGUACGGCGCGGCUGGUGUUGGAGGCCUGGUGCCCGGUGUCGGAGGUGUCCCUGGCGUGGUGCCCGGUGUCGGCGGUAUCCCUGGUGUCGGCGGUGUCCCUGGCGUGGUGCCCGGUGUCGGCGGUAUCCCAGGAGUUGGAGCUGGAAUACCAGCGGGAGCGGCAGCAGCAGCAGCAGCAAAAGCCGCCAAGUACGGCGCGGCUGGUGUUGGAGGCCUGGUGCCCGGUGUCGGAGGUGUCCCUGGCGUGGUGCCCGGUGUCGGCGGUAUCCCUGGUGUCGGCGGUGUCCCUGGCGUGGUGCCCGGUGUCGGCGGUAUCCCAGGAGUUGGAGCUGGAAUACCAGCGGGAGCGGCAGCAGCAGCAGCAGCAAAAGCCGCCAAGUACGGCGCGGCUGGUGUUGGAGGCCUGGUGCCCGGUGUCGGCGGUAUCCCUGGUGUCGGCGGUGUCCCUGGCGUGGUGCCCGGUGUCGGCGGUAUCCCAGGAGUUGGAGCUGGAAUACCAGCGGGAGCAGCAGCAGCAGCAGCAGCAAAAGCCGCCAAGUACGGCGCGGCUGGUGUUGGAGGCCUGGUGCCCGGUGUUGGUGGUGUCCCUGGCGUGGUGCCCGGUGUUGGCGGUAUCCCUGGUGUGGUGCCUGGUGUCGGCGGUGUCCCAGGAGUUGGAGCUGUAAGCCCGGCAGCAGCGGCAGCAGCGAAAGCAGCAGCGAAAGCAGCAGCAUUCGGGGCUGGACGCAUACCAGGUGUGGCACCUGGAGUUGGAGGCUUGGUGCCUGGUGUUGGUGGAGCCCUGGUGCCCGGCAUUGGAGGAGUCGUCAGUCCGGCAGCAGCAGCCAAAGCAGCGGCUAAAGCAGCCAAGUACGGAGCUGGCGGGGUCGGAGGCCUGGUGCCCGGUGGAGUCGGAGGUCUGGUGCCCGGUGGAGUCGGAGGUCUGGUGCCCGGUGGAGUUGGAGGCCUGGUGCCCGGUGGAGUCGGAGGCCUGGUGCCCGGUGGAGUCGGAGGCAUCCCAGGACUCAGUCCCGCAGCAGCUAAAGCAGCUGCCAAAGCAGCCAAGUACGGUGCUGGCGUCGCACCUGGAGUCGGCGGGGUGCCAGGCUUAGUGCCUGGGGCCGGCGGGCUGCCAGUCGCAACGCCGGGGGCUGGCGGGCUGCCAGUUGUAACGCCGGGCGCUGGGGGAGUGCCAGUCUUUGUGCCUGGUGCAGGAAGAGUGCCAGGCACGGGCAUUAUACCUGGAGUAGGGAUUCCCCAGCUGGGCGUGCAGCCAGGCGCCAAGCCUCCAAAGUACGGGUUCGGUGUUGGGGGCCUGCAGCCAGGGGCUGGAGUUCCUGGCUUCGGUUUGUCUCCCAUUUACCCAGGUGGACUCGCUGGCCAGCUGGGAUACGGUGGAAAACCUCUCAAGACCUAUGGUGGGGCCCUGGGAGCCCUGGGAUACAGAGGUGGCGUGGGCUGUGCGCAGGGGAAGUACUGUGGCAGGAAGCGGAAGUAACCCAGCCAGGCUGCUACCAUUAACCUCAUGAACUUUGGUGCUACUGCAUGGUCUAGAAUGUAAACCCUGAGUAAAGCAGUGAUCCCGCCCCCCCUCCCCCGCUCCCCCCGCCGGCCCCCCGGAGGGAAUGCCACAGCCCCUGAUGCCCCCUUCACUCCGGCCCGGGGGUCCCCGCCCUCUCUCCAGCGGGAAGCACAGAACAAACUGCGGGAAACGCUGUUCCCACUGGUGCUAAAGCUCCCUGCGGGGAGAGCCGGGCAGGCCUCCAUGGGGCGGGGGCUUCUCUGGGCAGGGCCCCUCCCCAGGGGCUCUGGCGGGGAGGAGAUGGGGGCUGGUUUCCAAGAGACCAGCGAGGGGCUGGGCUCCACCUGCCGCCAGCACAUGGGCGAAUGGCCCAUCAGCAGCGCCCGGCUCCAGCACAUCCUAGCUGCUCCCAAGACUCCGUCCAGCUGGCAUUCGUGCCACGUGCCAGGGACUGCUUAGCAGCUAGCCAGCCUUGAUCCCCCACCCUUGUGUCUGUCAGCCCCAUCCGUGCCUGCCCGCCCCAGGGCCCACGCUGCAGGGUGCCACGGGAUGGGGUUUGUGGGCUCCAUGCAGGCGGGCAGGGGAAUGCCUCCUGCUCAGACACUCAUGCCAGUGGGGCCAGUAGGGUGGGUUAAAUUCACCCAGAGUUCUUUGCAGCAGGGCCAUCUGAUUGGCUGACCUGUCCUCGCGCUGGAGGACACGGCCCUCCCGGUGCGUGGGGAGGGGCUGGCACUAUCAGCAGAGCCAAGUCACUAACACUGAUGGGAUUAGCCAUGCGCCCGCCCUCACUCAGCAGUACUGUACGGGCAGCCAGCGCCAGCCCAGCCCUGCCGUGUCUCCGAGGCCCCGCUGGGACCUGCCCUUCCUCUUGCCCUGGAUGCCCGUGUGUUCCUGAGAGCCGUGGGCCAGAAGGACUCGCACCUCUCCAUGUUACUCACUUGGUAUAGCUCGGGUGGGACAUGUUAUAAAGAGGGAAAGUAACUGCUUCCAAACGACUAAUAAACAAUGACUU